UUUGGUUAUUUGUAGCAGUCUGCUGCUGGAUUUUGUCUGAUACUAAUGGCCGUCUACUGGGCUACAGAGGUAUUUCCGAUUGCUGUAACAGCCUUACUACCUGUUAUGCUGUUCCCAAUGACCGGUCUUAUGACGGGAAAAGCUGUCUCUAUGACUUAUAUAACGGACUCCUCUAUGUUGUUUGUUGGUGGUUUAAUCAUGGCGGCUGCUGUGGAACACUGGAACAUCCAUAAGAGGAUUGCGCUCAAACUUCUCCUGAUAAUUGGCACAGAGCCAACCAGAUUAAUGAUUGGAAUGAUGCUGCCAUCUUGGUUUCUGUCAAUGUGGACGAGUAACAUAGCAACGACAGCCAUGAUGUGCCCUAUAGCUGAUGCCCUGCUUAAAGAACUUCAAAAAGGGGAAUCGGGAACCAGUGAGGAUGUAAAUGUUGUGAAAUGCACUACUAACUACGGCACAAUUUGCUUCACUAACAAAGGUUGUGAAGAAGAAGAGCUAACAAAUGUCAACCUGAAGCAGUUAGACCCUUGUGAGACAGAUUUGGAUACAGAAAUUGCUGUGGAUAGCAUGAGACAAGAAGAAGGUCAUAUGACUUCAUUGCAAACAAAAAGUGCACCAUCAAAAGAGCAUAUACAACUUGCCAAGGCCAUGACCAUUAGUAUAGCAUAUGCUGCCAAUAUUGGUGGAACUACAACAAUCACUGGAUGUGCUUCUAACAUUAUACUGAAAGGUUUGGCUGAUGAAAUUUUCCAUGAGCGAGGUUUGACAUCACCUAUAUCAUUUGGUACCUGGUUGGUUCUUGGCUUUCCAGUAUCUCUACUUAUCUUUUUUGCACUAUUUUUAUGGCUUACAUUAUACUUCAGAGGUUGUAGUUGCUUUAAGAAGAAGAAAGGUAAUUCUGAGGGAAUCAGAGAUUUUGUCAAAAAAGAAUACAAGGCUCUCGGCCCUGUCACGUUUCCAGAGGUGAUGGUGAUAGUGUUGUUUGUUAUAUUAGUCACCUUGUGGGUGUCACGUGACCUAGGUGGUGCUGGCGGCUGGGGAAAUCUCUUUAAAAAGAAAUAUGUGACAGAUUCUGCAGCACCAACUCUUGUGUCAGCACUUUUGUUUCUAAUUCCUGCAAAUCUACCUGCUUUUUUCAAAUCAAAAAAUCGACCAUUGUCAGUAAAACCACUUCUUACCUGGAGAGUAGUACAUGAUAAAGUCCCCUGGGGCUUGUUUCUUCUUUUCGGAGGUGGAUUUGCUCUGGCUCAGGGCUGUAAGGAAUCUGGUUUAUCAGAAUCUAUACGAGAGGCCCUGACUGUAUUCCAGGAUUUACCAGUGUGGGUAACCAGUCUGUUGGUAGCUUUGCUGACAUCAUUUAUCACUGAGGUUGUCACGAACACGGCCACCUGCACUCUCGUCUUACCAAUCAUUGCUCAGCUGGCUCUUGGCAUAGGUGUAAACCCUUUAUACUUGAUGAUACCUACGGCAGUGGCAACCUUGUAUGCUUUCAUGUUACCAGUAGCAACACCACCCAAUGCCAUGGUUUAUGUUCUUGGAUACUUUUCUAUGUCAGAAAUGAUCCGUGCUGGUUGUAUAAUGAACAUUUUAUCUGUUCUGAUACUAACUCUGGGUGUUAACACAUGGGGAGCGGAAUAUUUCAGCCUGAGAACUUUACCUGUGGAAUUCAGUGACCUUGAACUUACAACUGUCAUGAGUUUUAACAACUCUGUUACCAUGGCAACAUGACAUAAAAUAACAUGAUUUGGAAAUUAAAAUAUGUUGUUGGAUAUUUUGUCCAUUUAUUUAAGAAAUGAUGAAUAUUAACUAUAUGAGCUAGCAUUGGAUAAAUGAAAAACUCACAUUAUUUCAGAUUAAUUAUUUCAUAUCUCCUGAAUUUUGCAUGUAUGGACAUCUACAUGUACUUAAGGUCUUCCUCCACCAGUAAAACAGGAAAGUCGCUAUAAAGAAUUCACAUUUUCAAUAGCACCUUACAUGCAACAAAAAAUGUUGUAUACAGAGAUACAUCCUUGC